UUUCGCUUCUUGUUUGCUUGGGCGACAAGUUGACCGCUCUUGUGUCUCUGCGGCGCCAAAUGCGGCUCGGAAAGAUUGUUUCACUCAGCAAGGCGGUUCUCGUGUUCGCCAUGAGGAGGUGACGUCAGCGGGGCGGCGCCAUCGGGGCAGUAGCUAUGGAGCCUCGUGGCAGCAUAACGGCGCCCAACGGUGGCCACCAAAUGGCCAGCACCACUACUACCACGCACCACCAGCACCAAGGCGGUGGCUGCGAUGCGAGCUCUUUCUACUUAGGCGCAACACUGUUUCUCAGCCUGGGCUCGGCGCUUUGUCUCCUGCUCGCCUUCCUCAGCGACCACUGGGAGCUGGUGCUGUACGACGCCGAGCACGUGGCCUCGCUAGCCCGGCAGAAAGGCAUGUCACUGACGCGCUCGCGCAACGUGCUCCGCCUGGCGGAUGGUGGCGGAGUCGGCGGAGUGCAGCAGCAGCCGCAGCAAGGAUCGUCGCUCUUCCUGGUCAACCUCAACGGCGGGGUGCAUCGUAUAUGCGCCACGCUAGACGGGGACGACCUGGCCUUUCUGGGCAACGAAGCCAAGGGCGCCCCUGGCGGCUGCAUCUCCUACUACUCUUCCUCGGACGAGGAACGCAUCUCGACCCUCGUAGUCCGCUCGCCCUGGCUUGACAAAAUGAAGAACCUGGCCAUGUCGUGUUCGCUGGUCAGCUUGAUCCUGGUCGGCGCCAGCGCACUGGUCGGAGGCUUCGGCAUCUGCAAGCGACAGCUGUCCGCCGUCAUGGUCACCGGUGUGAUGUUCAUACUCGCCGCGGUGUUCGCGACGUUCACGAGCUGUUUCAUGCACUUCAAGCGCACCGUGCCCCAGGGCGUGCUGACGGGCACCGACUUCGACCAGGGCUUGCCCUCGGACUUCCUGCGCAGCCGCCGCUUCGCCCGUGACUGGGCCGCCUCGCUGUCGUGGCUGGGCAUCGCCCUGUGCCUCUUCACCUCCAUCUUCUGGCUCAUUCUGGCCAGGAUCAUGCGAUUCUGAAGCGGCCCGCGC